GAGGAGUCUGAGCCGGGGUGGAUGGCACCGAGUGGUGUCACAUUUUAUAGAGCUCUCUUCCAACAUUCUCUUUUCCCCUCCAUUCCAAGAUAUUUGAAGCUCUCGUGAGUUCAAUGUUGGUAUAACAUUACCAUUAUCUAUUAAACCAGAGAUAGCAUAUACGAAGCUGGUCUUGAUUGCUAUCUACAUUCAUUGUUUUCGGUAUUUGUCUUGUUAAAUUGUACCUAUUGUUCGGAUUGUCGUAAACGCUGAGUCGCGACUAUGGCAGUUCGACCUGGUGAGGAGAACGUUGCGACCCUCUUCGGAGACGUCCAUUACUUCUAUAGUCCACCUGAGGCGAAGCCACCGCAUCAUCGUUUUGAUAAGGGAUCUUACGUGUAUUUGUUCGAAAAUGCAAAUGACCGGAGAGCGCGUGUUGAAAUUGCGAACCAACCAGGCUCAGAUGAUCAGGACGCAUUUGAUGGAUUUCUAGAUAGGACGCGUAUACGAUAUUCCUAUAAGCAACAAUGCCUCGUAAAUAUCUUGGUCGAGGGUGUAGCUGGUCCGCCGAUAGACCAAAGUCAAUGGCAUCUUCCAACGUACGAUCCUCGAAAUGAGAACAAAUACCACUACAAACUUCACUCACUCGAUAUCUACUUCUGGACCCAUGCCGAUGCCUUACAAUUUGUCAACGGUGUGCGACGAGUCCUACCCUCGUCUCAAGUGGAAGUCGCAGAUGAACCUGGCCCGCCGCCGCUCCCAUACAACCAGUCUCAAGAUACAAAUCCCUUAGUUCAGAAGCUGGAAAACGUCGCCAUCUCAGAUCCGAAGUACUCGAGUCCCAAGCCUGCGCCUCAGGGGGUACCUACCUUCGCACCUCCCCCGACCUCGGCGGCAACAGCCGAUAGUAAGGGAAGCUCACCUCACAGCUUUGCGCCGAUGGCAUAUAACCCUGCUGCUCCAGCCGCUGCAGAACAGAGAAUACACCGAGAAAAGACGCCGCCUCCCGAAGAAGAUGGGCACGAUCCUCUUGCUGCGGCCGUCGCUCGCGAUCAGGCUCCGCCGUAUACUCCCGGUUACGGGGCUACCAACUUCUCAGCUCCGCCGGGCAGUCAUGGUCUUCCCGGACCUCCACCACAAACCCACCCAGGUCUUGUAAGCCCCGGCCUGGUCAGCCCCGGUCUACCAACUCCCGGAAUCGUAAGCCCAGGCUUUCCGCCAUCGCAAUUCGGACAUCUACAACGUUCGUCCACGGUGCCCGUGUCUGGAAUGGUAUCGCCGGGUCUCGUGAGUCCGUAUGGUGCGAAUUUCCCUGGGUCACCCGGAUUCGCACCUCCUCCGGCUCAACCCGUGCAGCAUCACCCAACGCCACCUCCCGUUCAGAGCCCCGGCUUGCCCCCGGCCCCUCCAGGAGGAUACUCUCAGUUUAAUUAUACCACUAGCCAGCCGGCACCUGGGUCCACGGACUACAGCAUACACCAACAAGUGUACCGGCCGACGGAACAGGAACACGCUUCUAAAUAUGGCACGUACAAGCCCAAGCAAGAGGGCCACAGCAAACUAGGCCAGAAUGUAGAGAGGGUAGAGAAGGGUGUUACGGGAAUGUUGAAGAAAUUUGAGAAGAGGUUUGGUUGAAUGUUUUACCUACCUACUUCUAAAUAUUUGUAGUUUGAAUAUGGCGAAUUUGAAUGCUGAAUAUUAGAUAUAAUACCAAUUUGUACCCCCCACGCUUGCUGAAUUACAUGUGGGCGGAGUGCAAGUAAUCAAAUACAGACUAAUUUGCUCGGUG